AUGGAUGUGAGAAAAAGUUUGAGUGCUAUGUGGCAACUAAUUGCUACUUUUUGUCGUUAUGCAAAUAGUACGCUUCUUGAAGUACUCGAUGAAUUUGCAAAUACGCCAUUGAUUAGCUCGAAACUGAUACCCGAAGAGUUAUUACGAACACAGACUCUAACUGCCUUAAAUAAUGUGCAUCAAACAGCAUUGGAUAGUGUCAACCGAUCGAUUACAUCCGCAGAUCGUAUCACACAAGCUAGCGGACUCAUGACGGGCUUAGCGACAAACGCCGUUGCCAGGCUGCCGGCUAAUGGUUGGCAAUCGCUGGAGUACGUACCUACGUUUUCGACUAAAUACAAAAGACAAGAAUCGACGGCAUUGUGCUAUUGUAUAAAUGAUGUAUCAUGUUCUAUGCCUGGUGGUCUUUAUUUUUAUGAGGCAUGGGAAACAAAUGGAAUUUAUGAUCUUAACGUAAUAGUCGCAAAUGCAACCAUACCUGGUCUUGUAGUUGAUUGUUUGCCAACGCAAACGAUGUUUGCCUCGACACUAGAAUGUUUCUACAACCAGUCAUGUCUUAACAUUCUCCUAUCUGCAUAUCAAGUAAAUAUCAAUAUCUCAAUUCUUAAUACAUCAUUAUCAAGUCGUUUCACGCCAACAACAACCUUAAGCUAUCUUGUCAAUGAACUUUUCAUUGAACAGAUUUUUAAUGAAACUGUUUAUGGAUCAUAUUACCAACAAUGUGCUCCUGUUUAUUGUAGUUAUACUUAUUCGCAACGAUUUGAUCUUGUAUACGUCAUCACUACUCUAAUCGCUCUUUUUGGAGGACUCAAUAUAGCAUUGCACUUAAUUGCUCCUUACUUGAUCGAUUGUCUAUUAUUUUUGAAGAAGAAACUGUUCCUUCAAAAUGAAUUUCAGCAGAACGAAACUCCAAUUCCAACAUUUCAGAAUCGUUUUCAUAAUUUAGUUAAAAAAGUGAAAGAAUCAAUUGUACAGCUGAACUUAUUUGAAAGUUAUUCGCAGGUUGCACAUAGAGUAUAUCGCGAGCGUAUCUUAACACGAUUGUAUUUGAUAUUAAUGACGAGUGCUAUGACUGUACUUAUCUUUUAUACGUUUUUAUCGAUGCAGACGAUGAACAAAACAAUUACGUCACCUUCGCAAGAUCAAUAUGAAGAAUUACAGGAACGAUAUCCAGACACGUUACAAUGUUUUUGCACUGAAAUAUCGAUUCCUUACGGAGACUUGAUUGAAAUCACACCUAUCUAUCAUCAAGUGUGCACAAGUGAUUUUGUUCGGCCAUGGUGGUAUCAAAAUCUUAUUGUUAACGAUGGUGUGUCCCUUUCAUUAGAAUUUGGCGUCACUGCUUCAUCUUAUUUUCAAAUGCUGGCGGUACUAUGUGAUUCAGCGAACUUGACGACUAUUCAAGCAUAUCGUCGUUUUUCUCUGACGAGAUUUAUCAAUGCUCAAGUUCUCCCCAGUAAUCUGUUCAUCUCACAAACUCAAGCACUCAUUGAUUCAUUCUUAAACUCUCUACGAGCCGAUUUUAUCUAUACUUUGUCAUUGAUUAAUACAGUACUUCAGGCGAAUCAGUAUGUGAGCGUGUCACAGCGGAAUACUUUACUCGAAGCAACCGAUCUAUCUAUUAUUCUGGUAGACGAUGAGACUUCGUUACAAAUAUAUCUGUAUAGUUUUUAUUAUCCUUUGAUUUCUGGUGGUGGAUACUGUUACUGCGCUCGAGAUCCUGGAUGCACUAUGGUUGGCUAUCUUAAUGAGUAUCAAUCACUUGAAGGAGUGCAUAUAGGCUGUCUUAUGACCGAUGCUGUGUCUCAAUCGUCACUUGUUUGCUGGUAUAAUGACAGCUGUAUGGAACAAGUACAAACGGAAUUUGACAGCGCUGGUGUCACCACUUUCAAUACUGCCACUAAACUCAAUUCUUCAUUGAAUAGCAGUUUUCCACCUGACACUCUAGUGCAAACUAUAAUCGAAAAUGUUAUGGCUGAUCAGUGGCAAUCAUCAACGUCUUAUACGAACUUUUAUCAGAAGUGUCGUCCUGCUCUUUGCUCAUAUACUUACCAAGAAAGGAGUAGUGCAAUAUUUAUUAUUACUAAAAUUCUUGGUCUCUUUGGCGGCCUCAAUAUUGCUCUUCGAUUGAUCAGUCGGUUUGCUGCCAAGAUCUUUUUCAAGUUUAUUCACAAGCGUACUACACAGGAACCACCGUUGGCAUUUAUUGAUCAAGAAGCAGUUGAACGUAAGUACGAUAUACGUGGACGUGGUGCUGCAUAUUUUGAACUAUUGUCAUUAUUAUGCUCAACUUCACAAACAACUUUCAAAAAUGCUGUCAAUCAGUUUGUUGAAGAAACAUUUGUGAAUGCUCAAGCUAUUUCUCGAUCAAGUUUUUUCGUACAAACCAACGCUACUAUUCAUCAAUUUCAAACGAGCACUGCAUCUGAGUUUUCUCGUACCUUGCAGCUUAUACGUGAUAUAACACAUGGGAAUACUUUCAUUUCCAGCUUGCGCUUGAACUGGCGCUGGUUGGUAGUGAGCGAGAGUGGUAAUAGUACGGUGCCCACUGAUACCAUCCCGCCAACCAAUAAUUGUUCUUGUGGUACAAGGAGCGAUUGCGUGCAACCUGGUGGAAUCUGUAUGGUCGGUUUUAAUUAUGGACUAUUUGGUAUCCCUAAUAUUCCUAAUAUUCCUACUACUCAAAUGUUUGCUAUGCCUGGUUUUAACGUUGGUUGCUCAUCAGUGGAGACACUAUUGCGAUCUACAUUUGAAUGUCUGUAUAAUCAAACAUGUAUUGAUCAGUUACAGGUGUUUGCUAUAACAAUAUAUCCCGGAUUUCCUAAUGCAACAGAUUAUAUAACGGCCAUGAAUUCCACAUUUGUCAGCCGUUUUCAACCAAACACGACUGUCGUCGAUAUUGUCAAUGAACUUUUUAUUGAACAAUGGCAAGUAAAUGUUUCGUAUUCAAAAUUCUACGAACAAUGUGCACCGACGUAUUGUUCAUAUACAUUGGAGACGAGUCCUACUUUUAUAUACAUUUUAACCCAAACUAUAGGUAUAUAUGGUGGCCUCACUGUUGCCCUGCGUUACAUUUCUUUAUACACGAUCCAACUAGCAUCGUACAUUGGAAAUCGUGGUCGUAAUAACAGAGUCGCUCCGCUUACUUAA